CUGUCUCUCUUCAUUUAUAUUCUCCACCUCUCUCCUUCCACACAACACACCAACAAAGCUCCUCUUCUCUUCCUCAUAUCUUCCCCAUAUUAUACAUUUCCCAUUUUACCCUUCCUUCUCCUUUGAAUUCUCACCCCAUUGCCACUCACAGUCAGAUGUCUUGUGCAGUGAAAUGAAGAAGACGAAGACUCAAAUCAUCCUCCUCUUCCUUCUCCUCAAUCUCUCUCACUCUCUCUCCAUCUCUUCUCAUGGAUCUCUCUCCGAUAACGAAGUCCGUCACAUUCAACGCCGUCAGCUACUCGAGUUCGCCGAGCGCGGCGAGAAAGUCACAGUCGAUCCUUCUCUAAGCUUCGAAAACCCUAGAUUACGAAAUGCUUACAUAGCACUUCAAGCUUGGAAACAAGCAAUCCUCUCCGAUCCUUUCAAUUUCACGGCGAAUUGGAUCGGAUCCAAUGUGUGUAACUAUACCGGGGUUUUCUGUUCGCCGGCGCUCGACAACCGGAGGAUCCGUACCGUCGCCGGAAUUGAUCUCAAUCACGCCGAUAUCGCCGGGUAUUUACCUGAAGAGCUUGGUUUGUUAUCAGAUCUCGCUUUGUUUCAUGUAAACUCGAACCGGUUUUGUGGUACUGUACCGCACCGGUUUAACCGGCUUAAGCUUCUAUUCGAGCUUGAUCUCAGUAAUAACCGGUUCGCCGGGAAAUUUCCUGCUGUUGUUCUCCGGUUACCGUCGUUGAAGUUUUUAGAUCUCCGGUUUAACGAGUUUGAAGGAACUGUACCAAAAGAGCUUUUUAGCAAAGAUCUAGACGCGAUUUUCAUAAACCAUAACCGGUUCCGGUUCGAGUUACCGGAAAAUUUCGGAGAUUCGCCGGUUUCCGUCAUCGUCCUCGCGAAUAACCGGUUCCACGGUUGCAUCCCGUCGAGUAUGGUGGAGAUGAAGAAUCUUAACGAGAUCAUCUUCAUGAACAAUGGGCUUAACUCUUGUUUACCGGCGGAUAUCGGACGGUUGAAAAACGUGACGGUGUUUGACGUCAGCUUUAAUGAGCUUGUGGGGCCGUUGCCGGAGAGUGUAGGAGAGAUGGUUUCGGUGGAGCAGCUUGAUGUGGCGCAUAAUAAAUUAUCCGGGAAGAUUCCGGCUAGUAUUUGCCAGUUACCCAAACUUGAGAACUUCACUUUUAGUUACAAUUUCUUCACCGGAGAAGCGCCUGUGUGUCUUAGAUUGCCAGAGUUUGACGAUCGGAGAAAUUGUUUGCCGGGAAGACCUGCUCAGAGGUCUCCAGGGCAAUGUAAAGCGUUCUUGUCUCAGCCGCCGGUAAAUUGUGGAUCGUUUAGUUGUGGCCGGUCUGUUCCGUCUCGUCCUCCGGUUGUAACUCCCUCACCGCCUCCACCACUCCAUUACAACUCUCCACCGCCACCACAAGUCUAUUACAAUUCACCCCCUCCACCGCCGGUUCAUUACAGCUCAUUGCCGCCACCACCGCAAGUCCAUUACAGCUCACCGCCGCCACCACCGCAAGUCCAUUACAGCUCACCGCCGCCACCUCCAGUCCAUCAUAGUUCUCCGCCACCACCUGCGGUGAUACACCACAGCCCACCACCACCGUCCCCUGAAUAUGAGGGACCAUUGCCGCCGGUCAUCGGAGUAUCAUAUGCUUCUCCUCCACCACCGCCGUUCUAUUGAUUCUUUUGAGAAAACUUGUCACCGAAACGAUGACGUGGCACGAACCCUAAAACGCGAUACGAUGUCGGUUUGUCAAUUCUUACAAAGCAUACGCGCAAUUCGAGAUUCUUUAGAAAAUUUAUUUGGUGAAAAAUAAAUAAACGGAGGAUAAAAAAAGAGUUGUUUGUUGUAUAGAAGAAAUUUUACCUUUUAUCAUUUGUAUUUUUCUAUUUCAUUUUCUUUUUCUUUUUUUGAAUUUUUUCUUUCAUUUGGAUUUGUUAGUUUCGUAGCAUUGUUUUCUUUAGACAUUUGUAUUUGAUCUAUGAGAAGAGCUUAGGUUAUACAAUUCUUUUUAAAUACUAUCUUUUGUUCAUUA